AUGUUUCCACUGGAGGAAAGUAUGUCGAUGGCACUUGAUGAUCAUUGGUCAGAUAUUUCUGAGGUUCCUGAUGGCCUCGAGGCCGAGGAAUCCAUGGAGCUGUUGAUGACGGUGACAACAUUGCGGAACCAAGCGCGGCUAAUUCCGACAAGCGUGCGAAGGGAAGGUCUGGUCUUGAUCAUAAUGAUAGAGCAUAUAGACCACCCUCGCGUCGUUCAGCAGCGACAGCUGGAUAUCUCGCUGGUAGAGGCCUCAGAUCCCGCAGCCGCACACUACAGCCUACGAUGA